UCUUUGAUCCAGUCUUGCCUUUUUCUUCUUCAAUAAAUACAAAACCUCUCUCUUUUCUAGUUUUGAGUUUCGGCGUUUGGUUAUUUGAAAGUGGGAAGUCACUUUUUUUAGUGGCGAAUGCGAUAAAGACGGAAUCUGCUGUGAUUUUUUGUGGCUUCUAAUCGGUUACUACAUUUUUUUUCUGUCUUUAACUAAUUUUUGGUCCCUUGUACAACACUCCCUGUUUCUUGCAAGAAAUAGCUGAAAUUCUUUUGUUUGGUUUUCAGCUUGAAUGUGCCUUUUUAUUUUAUUCUUUUACCUGCUUUUUGUUUGUGUUUGGUUUGGAUUUUGUGUUGCAAGAUUCUUCAUUCUUUUGUUUAUGCAUAGUGGUUUUCUGGAUUUUGCUUCAUUUAAGCUUUGUUUGGUUGUACCUUUUGGCCUGCUCAUUACAGUGUUGUCUAGUGCACAGUUUUUGCCUCUUGGUUGUUUCCAUCUGCAUCCGUACAAUUUAGGCCUCAGAACAGGGAUCUUGGGAUGGUAAUGAGGGAAGUUGAUGAAGAUCUUGCUAUAUUUCUCGGGAUCCAAAGUGUCGAAAUGGAGAAGAAAAAUGACCAUCUUCUAGUUGAGGAAUCCCUUCAGUUUGAUGAUGACUUCAAGUGUGCAGAGACUUGUUUGGUUGGGGCUGGUGAUGAUUUCCUCAGUUUGGAGAUGGAAAUGAGGGAUCAUGAUUGGCUUCUCAAGCAACCAGACACGUCGUUAAAUCCUUCACAGGAUGCAGACGCGCAGAUUUGUGUAGCGAGCCAGACUAAAGGCUUGAAUGGUGAAGUCGAAAUUCCUUUGAAAUCUGAGCUGGAUGUGACAAUAACUGCCUCUGCAAGUGAGAGUUCAUCAACAUUAUCUAGUGUAGAGUGUUGCACUGUUGUGAGCAGGACUUUGUCUUCGUCAUCAGUUCGCAGGGCUGCAACGCCUACUGGUCGAGCUUCUGAAAAAUCGAAGCCCUCUCGCUCUUCCACAUCAAGAGCUGCACUGCUGCCUUCUUCCAAACCUAAUGCUGCUCAAGCAAGAUCCUCAACUCCAGUUCGACCAACUCCACGUUCGUCUACACCUGCCUCCAGACCUUCCCUACCCGUUGUUUCAAAGUCUUCAACGAGGUCUACCACACCUACACGCAAACCAGCCACUCCAACAACCGUAUCUGCCUCAGAUAAAUCUUCAUCAGGGAAGAAAAUUAGCUCCACAGUACUGAAAAGUUCGUUGCCUGCUCGUGGAGUUUCUCCUGUGGGGAGAUCUAGGCCGUCAAGACCUUCUGAUCUUCUCUCUUCAUCUCAUGACGCUGAUGAGAAACCGAAGGUGUCAUCAAUGCCUAAAAGGCCUGCUUCUGCUGCUAGAGGACGGCUGAGCUCCAACACAUCUUCUUCCUCAAACGAGAAGCCAAGGCAGAAGUCAUGUUCUCCUGCCAGAGCUCGCGCUCCUGCCAGCUCUGCUCCUAGAACCGGGAGCAGCAGGGUGAUGUCAAGAAGCCGAGGAUACAGCAAUGGCGGGGAUGAUGUUAACCCUGUAGUGAUGGGGGCGAAGAUGGUGGACAGAGUCGUGAACAUGAGGAAACUGGCUCCACCUAAGCAAGACGAGUAUGUCUCUCAAGAGAAUCCAAGGAAACCAUCACAGGAAAACUCGGGUUUUGGCAGAUCACUCUCAAAGAAGUCGCUGGAGAUGGCCAUGAGGCACAUGGACAUCAGGCGAAGCGUCCCAAACAAUUCACAAGCAUAGGCAGCUGGUUCUGCCUGAGCUGGCUGUGCUAAGAUCAGCACACUGCUGCUCCACAAUAAUCUCCUCAGAUGCCGUGUCGGACUCGAACAGUUGGUAGUCGAGCAGCUGCAGAAGCUCUUAUUUUCUCAAUGGGAGGAGAUGGAUGAGUGAUUUUUUUGAAGCAAUUGGGAGGGAAGGGAAGGAAAAUAGGGUACUGAAAAUAUUGCAUUUGGACAUGCUAUUUUUUAUGAUGAUCCAUUUGCAAUACCUAGUGAUGUGUUUUUUUAUAGUACACGUAUUUUUAUGAUUAUACUGUGUGUUAGAAGAAUUUGAAGGAUUCUUGAUCAUCUUGCUCAAUAGUAUAAAUACAACUAGUUUCUGAUAGCAAAUUAAUGUAGUUAAGAAAAAAUGGAGCUAUAGCUCCUUCAAUAUAUCAAUAUUUCUCUCCUCAAUUAGA